AUGGCGGCGGCCAGACCCCGGAGCUCCCCGGGCGGAGUUCUCUGCCGGCAGCUUCUGCUGAGCCUCACAAUCUUAACAUUUGUCUGUGAUGCCUGCAACAACUUUAUCCUUCAUGUUCCUUCCAAACUAGAUGCUGAGAAAUUUAUUGGUAGAGUUAACCUGAAGGAGUGCUUUAAAUCUGCAAAUCUGAUUCACUCAAGUGAUCCUGAUUUCCGAAUUUUAGAAGAUGGCUCAGUUUAUACAACAAAUACUAUACUUUUGUCCCCGGAGAAGAGAAAUUUUACCAUAUCACUUUCCAACACUGAGAACCAAGAGAAGAAAAUAGUUGUGCUUUUAGAGCAUCAAACAAAGGUAUUGAAGAAAAGGAAUUCUAAAGAAAAAGUUCUCAAACGUGCCAAGAGAAGAUGGGCUCCUAUUCCUUGUUCCGUGACAGAGAAUUCCUUGGGUCCUUUCCCAUUAUUUCUGCAACAGAUUCAAUCUGACACAGCACAAAACUACACUAUAUACUACUCCAUAAGAGGGCCUGGAGUUGACCGAGAACCUAAAAAUUUAUUUUACGUAGAAAGAGACACAGGAAACCUGUUUUGUACUCGUCCUAUAGAUCGUGAGCAGUACGAAUCCUUUGAGCUAAUUGCCUUUGCAAUAACUCCAGAUGGGUAUACUCCUGAACUUCCUCUGCCCCUAAUAAUUAAAAUUGAGGAUGAAAAUGACAAUGCUCCAAUUUUUACAGAAACAACUUACAUUUUUACAGUUUCUGAAAAUUGCAGAGUUGGUUCGACUGUGGGACAGGUGUGUGCAACUGACAAGGAUGAACCUGACACGCUGCAUACACGCCUAAAAUACUCCAUCAUUGAGCAGAUACCACCAUCACCCACUCUGUUUUCUGUGCAUCCAAAUACUGGUGUGAUAACUACUUCAUCAUCUCAGCUAAACAGAGAGUUAAUCGAUAAAUACCAGUUGAAAAUAAAAGUACAAGACAUGGAUGGUCAAUAUUUUGGUUUGCAUACGACUUCAAUGUGUAUCAUUAAUAUUGAAGAUGUGAAUGACAACUUGCCAACAUUUACUCGUAAUUCUUAUGUGACAUCAGUGGAAGAAAAUAGAAUUGACGUGGAAAUCUUACGUGUUACUGUUGAAGAUAAGGAUUUAGUUAAUACAGCUAAUUGGAGAGCUAAUUAUACCAUUUUAAAGGGCAAUGAAUAUGGAAAUUUUAAAAUUGUGACAGAUCCAAAAACCAAUGAAGGAAUUCUGUGUGUGGUUAAGCCUCUGAAUUAUGAAGAAAGACAACAGGUAGUCCUGCAAAUUGGCGUACUUAAUGAAGCGCCCUAUUCUAAAGAGGCUAUUUCAAGAUCAGCUAUGAGCACAGCGACAGUUACUGUAAACGUGAAAAACCAGGAUGAGGGCCCAGAGUGUAGCCCUCCAGCACAAACAGUUAGAAUUAAAGAAAACUCACCCGAGGGAACAAGGAGCAAUGGAUACAAAGCUUAUGACCCAGACACCAGAAGUAGCAGUGGCAUAAGGUAUAAGAAAUUAAAUGACCCGGAAGGGUGGGUCAACAUUGAUGAAAAUUCGGGGUCAAUCAUAGUUUUUAGAAGCCUGGAUAGAGAAGCAGAGACCAUCAGAAAUGGUAUAUAUAACGUCACAGUCCUUGCAUCAGAUAAAGAUGGUAGAACAUGUACUGGGACAUUGGGAAUUAUACUGGAGGAUGUGAACGAUAAUGGCCCAUUCAUACCCAAACAGACAGUGGUCAUCUGUAAGACCACUAUGUCGUCUGCUGUGAUUGUUGCUGUUGAUCCUGAUGAACCUAAAAAUGGUCCACCCUUUGAAUUCACUGUGGAGAGUCUUCCUGGUUCAGAUUUACAGAGAGCGUGGGAACUGACAAAACUUAAUGAUACAGCAGCACGCCUUUACAACCGGAAUGACCUUCCAUUUGGAUCCUAUGAAGUACCUAUCAAAGUUUUCGAUAAUAUGGGCCAGUCUAAAGUCACUUUAGUAAAUGUUUUACUAUGUGACUGUGUUACUGAAAAUGACUGUACACUUCGUACAGGUGCAAGAACUGGCAGCGGAGAUGUAAAACUUGGCAAAUGGGCCAUCCUUGCAAUAUUGUUGGGCAUAGCAUUGCUAUUUUGUAUUCUAUUUACACUAGUCUGUGGGACUUCUGGGGCAGGCAAAAAGCCAAACGUAUUUCCAGAUGAUUUAGCUCAGCAGAACCUCAUUGUGUCAAAUACUGAAGCUCCUGGAGAUGACAGAGUGUGUGCCACAAAUGGCUUUACAUCCCAUGCUGUGGGCAGUUCUGCUCCUGGAAACUGUGGUACCAUGGGAUCCAGAGUCAAAACUGGAGGGCAAGAAGCCAUUGAAAUGGUGAAAGGAGGACACCAGACCUUGGACUCCUGCCAGGGGGCAGGGCAUCACCACACCCUGGAGUUGUGUAAGGGAGGUGGACACCACACCCUGGAUUCCUGCAGGGGAGGACAUGUAGAGGUGGACACCUGCAGAUAUAAUUACUCAGAGUGGCAAAGUUACACUCAGCCCCGUCUUAGUGAAAAGGUGCAUCUAUGUAAUCAGAAUGUUGAUCAGAAUCGUGCUGAAGACUACGUCCUUACGUACAACUAUGAAGGCAAAGGAUCAGUGGCUGGAUCUGUAGGUUGUUGCAGUGAACGACAAGAAGAUGAUGGACUUGAAUUUUUGGAUCAUUUGGAGCCCAAGUUUAGGACUCUAGCAGAAACAUGCGUAAGGAGAUGA